AUGGCUGCUGAUAUUUAUAACAUGGAGAUAAGACCUAGCGACGUCUUCGUUAUUGGUUAUGCUAGAUCAGGCACAACUUUGACCCAAGAGCUGGUGUGGAUGGUGGCUAAUGACAUGGACUAUAAGACAGCUAAAUCAAUUUUACUUAUGAAGAGAUAUUGUUUUUUGGAGUACUCAGUAAUGAUUAACCCUGAAAUGAAGGAGCGUUUCUUAAAAGAGAAAGAAGGUAAUAUCGAAAUACAGAACGAAAUAAAAGCGAUCUCUUCUCAUAAAAUCAACGAGUUAUCAGUGGCGCCAUCUCCCCGUUUCAUCAAGACUCAUAUUCCUCUCAGUUUGUUCCCAAGAAGCUUACUCGACGCAAAAGUGGUUUACAUAGCGAGAGACCCGAGGGAUGUUGCCGUCUCAUUCUUUCAUUUGAACCGAUGUAUGGUCUUUAAGGGGUGGACAGACUAUUGGACUCCUUACUUCAGCCACUUGAAGGAGGCUUGGGAAAAGCGACAUCAUCCGAAUUUGUUGUUUAUAUUCUACGAGGAAUAUCAAAGGGAUAUGAGCGCAGCGAUUAAACGUGUGGCCGAAUUCUUCGGCAAAACAUACACAGACGAGCAAGUAGGGGAACUUGGCGAACACCUCGACGUGAAGAACUUUAAGAAAAAUCCGUUCGUCAACAACGACCGUUUGAAGGACCUUGGCAUCAUGCUACCUAACGUGUCGGAAUAUAUCAGAAUAGGUAAAUCCGGAGGCUGGCGCGAUUACUUUGACGAUGAGAUGACUGUGCAAGCUGAGAAGUGGAUUGAAGAAAAUCUUCGCGAUACGGAUCUUAGAUUUCCAACUUUACAAUAA